AAAAAAAGAACUGUUUCCCGAACUUUCCCGAUCGCCUUCACCACUCCUCGGAACUCCAUAAAUAUCUCUCUCUAUAGAUAUUUAUGAUUUUGCUUAUGCAGAUAGGAACCACAUAGACAAAACCCAUUUUUCCCUCCCCAGACCUAUAUAUGAGCCUUCACCGCCUUUCCACUUCAAUUGUUCAUUGCUUUAGGAUUGCUACAGAUUGCUUGCCUUCGUGGGUCUUCUUUAAAAAGUUGCUUUUGGUGCUGUGACUUUGUGUUUUUAUAGUGGUGGUGAUGGAGUUUAAUAAAGGGUCGUCGUCUUAUUAUAGUAUUCUCGGCGUCGGUGCCGAGUCUUCGGAGGAAGAUAUUCGCCGUGCUUACAGAAAGCUUGCUAUGCAAUUGCAUCCUGAUAAAUGGACGAGAACCCCUUCACUGCUAGGGAAAGCCAAGCGUAAAUUCCAGCAAAUCCAAGAAGCUUAUUCAGUGUUAUCUGAUCAGAGGAAGAGAACGAUGUAUGACGCAGGCUUAUAUGACCCUGAUGAAGAAGAGGACGAGGGAUUUGCUGAUUUUCUUCAAGAAAUGAUGUCUCUUAUGGCUGACGCUAGGAGAGAGAAUAAGGAUUACAGUCUGGAGGAGCUGCAAAGUAUGUUUUGGGAGAUGGCCCAAGAUUUCGAGUUUCCUGAGGGGUCCAGAUUCCCUCAGCAGCAAGUCUCUGACUCCUCUCGAUGGUUCUGUGCACAAGAGAAGCUCGAUGACUCCAGAACCUCAAAGAGAGCACGAUGGGAUACAAAUCGAGUGGCGGGGAGAAGUUCAUCAAUAUCACAAGCGCCAAGCCUGGAGAUGCAUAAGGCUUGUGAGUUCUGCAGAUAGACAACAAUAGGGCGUUAUUGUGUUAGGCUUGGAGAUGUGUGGGAUUAGUUGCUUUAGCACAUAGGUAGACGGUACAGUCCAAACAUUUGGUUCUAGCAUGGAUAGAAGGGAAUAUUCUCGUUACUUUAUUUCUUG